AUGGACGACGCUGUUCGUCCGUGCCAAAUAGCUUUUGACCGACUUCUUUGCGAGAGCUUCAGACUUUGGUCGUCUUACCUCGAUGCCGCUGAAACUACAUCCCUACUUCCAUUUGAGUGUAUUGAUCUGAAAAGGCUUCUGAAGCGAACCCCAUCCUUCCUUGGAGGCGAGCUGGUACCCGAUGCCGCUCAAGUUUCCUUUAGCUGCGAAGAGAAGGAAUUCAAACAAGGGGAUUAUGCCCUCCUUGCCAGGGGUCGCUCAAUGUGGUCGACAUCUAAGGGGAGAUGCUCCCUCGAGCCUAAGGCCAUGCUCCUUGACCUGUUAUUGGGGGUACAAACUCCACUAGCUGUGCACGUCUCUGACUGCGCCCCGUUAGCAGAGUGGCCUGGCGUACAAGGCAUCUCGUAUCAUGAUGAAGGCAAUUAUCUCACAGUUUUAUUCCUUGCCUGGGCCUAUAUAUUAUCGGCACGAUGGGCAGAAUUGCUCAAAAAGUCUCCCGAUCAUCUUUGCAGAAUCAGGGUUACUGGUGAUACAUAUCCUUCUGCGGCACCGAACCAACAUUGUGACGUUGAGAUGAACUUAGGAGCUGAUACAAACGACGAUGAAGCUAGUUGGUGGAAAGCUAUAUUAUCACCGGGGCCCGGCUGCGAGAUAUCAACGGUCUUUAACCAACGGACAUACCUCUCUCCAUGGUCCGUUCUCAUCCCUAAUGGUGUGCGCAUCGCUGUUGCCGGUGAUCCCUCAGUUGCGAGCCAUGAUCCACCAUCAUCCACCACUGCUCUUACGUAUCUGAGCCGCUUUUGCAAUCAUCAUCGGCUCUAUGGUCAAUGCUCCGCUGCUCUAUCUGCAGCACUCUAUAUACCAUUUCUCAGUGGAAGUUCGAUAUCACUGCCCACGCCGAAACCGAUACCACGACCCCAUCCAGCCACGAACAAUGUCGACACUCUGCAACCUUCGACCCUUGUUGCGGAGCAUUCUCGUUUUCUCGGUCAAUAUAUGACAUUGAGCUCCAAUGGGUGGGGUUUGCGGUCUGUGCUCUGCGGCACCUUUUUCAAUGCUGAUAUUGAAUGUAACCUUGUCAGCGCUUGGCUCAACCCUGCAUUUGCAGUACUUGAUCCGCUUAUAGAAGAAGAUAAAGUGCCUAUGCUUACCAAGAUUCUCACCAGUCGGCAGCCCAACUUGGGCAGCUUGUGGCUUGGUGCGAUGCUUGCGGGCAUUGCUAAGUCCACACUGAGGGAUAUCCGGACCGGGUUGACAGCAAUAGACCUUACCGCGGCUGCCUGGACUGGGACUGAUCAAUCAUUCAUCACCUUGGAACCUGGUGUUACUGGCGGAGAAACGAUCCGUCGCGAGGACGAGUGUCGCCUUUUAUUCAUCACUAGCACGGAUGGAUAUUCUAGGGUACCUAUCUGCCCUUGGAAGCCUUUCGGGGAAACGCGGCUGUGUGACGCAGAAACUACAGUGCAGCAACAUUCCUGUUGCGGUUGUCAUUGCCUUACUUACAUCUCCUGGAAAUGGAGUCUCACAAGUGGUGACGAUAUUGAUGACCCUGGUACUGGCGUCAUUGCUAACGGUAGGAACCAGACCGGGGACAACAAUGGGGAACGAUGUAUUAAAACUCCGACCAACCACGAGCUUUUUUCGCAGUCACUGUCAGAGACUGCGACGCGCGGAAUAUUUAGCUGGUUACGGUCGACAGGCUACCCAGCCAAUGAAAAGCCUAUAUACCAACACUCAUGGAUCGAUCUUGAAAGCUCAGACGAAGAAGAAAUGGACGACAUUGACUCUGAUACUGCGGAAGGACCUGACUACAAGCAUUCUGUCGAUGAAUGGCUUGGUAAGGUUCAAUGA